AAAUUUCUCUUUCCUUCAAUCAACCCACAAGACACGCUUGGUAGCAUGGUUCAACAAGAGGCAGCUUGAGAAAGAACGUCAACCGCGCCGUCCUCAUCGUAGAGCCUACAAAACAAUGGAGUGCAGAUUCUGCCAGAAGACCUUCUCCAAAGGAGAACAUUUGCGGAGACACGAACGUAGUCACACCGGGUGCAGGCCAUACCGAUGCAAAGAAUGCCAGCGAACAUUCUCGAGACAGGACUCACUGGCACGUCAUGAAAAGCUACAUUCGCGAAAAGAUACACACAAUUACCCUUCUCCACCUUCCCCGCCCUCCAGUCUCGUAUCUCAAUCAAGCCUCGCGACUUCGCUUUCUCCAUUCGGAGGCACCAUCCUCAGUAGCCUAUCUCCAGCGACAAACGGGAAUGAAAUAGACAUCCACACUUCGCAUAGCGAACAAAAUACACCUAUUGAGAAUAUGUUUAAUAUUCCACAAUCGGCAGACCUAGAUUUCGAUUUGAUAUGGCCUGACUCCGAGGAUCUAUUUGAGACGCUGAUGGCCUCGGAAAAUACAAAUCAGUGGCAAAUGCCCUUCGCCACAUUACCGAUAACAUCCCAUACGUUUCAAAUGAACAAUUCUGGUAUGGAAACAGGAAAUGCUUUCGGAGACAAAGUGAAAAGUCCUUCCAUUGGAACUAUUCCGACUGGAGAGAGUCGCAGAGCUGUGCACAACGUCAGCGAGAUGGUCUCAUCGCUGUCAUCAUCUGUCACAGCAGCAGUCGAAGCUACUUCUCUCACUUCCGUCUUUUUGGAUGAGUGUUUACACAUGUUUUUUGGUCGAUUUAUGCCCACAUUCCCAGUUCUCCAUCGAGGAACGUUCGUUUUUAGAGAAUGUACACAGCCAUUGUUGCUCAAUGCGAUGGCGAUUGGUUCACUAUAUCUGGGCCCAAAGAAUUCGAUUGCAAAGGGCGAGGCAUUAUGGAGACUUGCCCACGUAGCUGUGACCACUUCCUGGGAAACUUUGAUAACACAUCGUGGCCCUUAUGACUCGUGCCAGGGAGUCCAAUUGGUAGUCACAGCACUUUUGGCGCAAGUGUAUGGAGCUCUUUCAAAAAAUCGCCAUAUUCGCACAGCAAGCCAGGCUUUCCAUGCUCUCGGAUUUUUCUGGGCUCGACAAUGUGCCUUGUCCGAUAGCGAGCCCUUCUCCUUCUCCGAUCUACCCUCUAUAGAUGCGUCCGAUGACGAAAAGAACAUAGGUUGGAGACGUUGGGCCGCUAAGGAAAUCCAACAGCGUUCCUUGCUUGGGCACUAUUUGGUGGACGGCCUCAUCUCACGGAUGUCUGGAGAGCUGCCCUCAGUCCGCCACGCAGCGAACCAACUUGGGCUCCCUAGCACGGAGGUAGCAUUUGAGGCUCGCAGUGCUGAUGACUGGCUCACACAGAUGCAAUGUCAAGAAUGUCCUCCACCACCGUACACGUUCCGCAAAAUUAUCAGCUCAUUCUUCUCACCACAACCCCAAAUCGACAUGCUACCACAACUUUCGGCUUUUUCACUCCGAGUAAUUCUAGAGGGAUUGGGGUCGCUGGUUUCGGAUUGUGAUAACGACGCUGGUGCCUUGAUAGGUGUUCCCACGAAAUUCGAGCUUCGUCGAGCGCUCGCACAAAUCCACGUCUUGAUCUCAGACAGCACAAGCAUGUCUGAACCCGAGAGGCUCGAGAUAUUUCUCCGGUGGCAUACCCUUUGCCUCGAUGCAUGCAAAGAUUCAUCCCUGCUGUGCAGAUCCGUGUGCUCACGCUACGGCGUCACGCAGCAUGUCUGUCCUGGCCGAGAGUCCAAGAAGACGGAGUUUGAUCUCAUGAGCUGGGCAAACACCGAGGAUGCUAGAAGGGCAUUGCUUCAUGCCACUGCUAUUCAGCAAAUUGUAGAAGGGUUGCCCAGGGGGAGAGCACAUGUGAUCCAUAUCCCGAACUCGUUGUUUGCUUCUGCGGCUGUAUAUUGUACCUUCUCUCUCGCGGGGCUCACGACUGUGAAUCUGCCUUCGAGUGUGGACUGGCAGUCUGUUCUUUCUGCGGGAUAUGAAUCCGUACCAGUAAUUGGAACUUCGGAUGGCGAUGCGUCGGAGACGAGACGGUAUAUAAGGGGAGAGUUGGCGAGUUUGGUGGGCAGCGUGGGUGUUGCGGAGAACUUGCUGUAUGAGCUGAACUCGAUGCAGAAGCUCUUUCGGUGCCUUUCGAGUCAGUGGGGAAUUGCUUAUGAUAUGGAGGAUGUCAUUGACCAGUGGAUGUCUCUCUGUCAUUGAAAAUAGAUGAUAAUACUCCUCGUGCCUUCCCGAAGAUUCUCGCAGUUUGCAAAUUUGUCUAGAGAAGCUUGGUAGAUUCUGAAUCAGUGUGUAACUAUUCUUGUAAAUUUUAAC